AUGGCACCUAAACCCGCAUCAACUGGUGGUAAAGCCCCGGCCGCGGCUAAGGCCCCUGUCAAAACCACUGAGGGUGCUAAAGCUGCGAAGAAGACCUCUAAGACUGCUACAGCCCCAGCUACUGGAGAGGAAAAGAAGAAGCGGAAAAAAGUCCGCAAGGAGACUUACUCUUCUUACAUCUACAAGGUGCUCAAGCAGGUACACGCAGACACUGGCAUAUCUAAUAAAGCUAUGGCCAUCUUGAAUUCGUUUGUCAAUGAUAUUUUCGAGCGCAUUGCCACGGAAGCUUCGAAGCUCGCUACAUAUUCCAAGAAAUCAACAAUUUCAUCCCGCGAAAUACAGACGGCGGUCCGUCUCAUACUUCCCGGAGAGCUUGCCAAGCAUGCCAUUUCUGAGGGUACGAAGUCUGUGACGAAGUUCUCGAGCUCUGGCGGCAAGUGA